CGGGCAGCCCAUCCAUCCAUCCUGCCGCCCAUCCUGCUCCCCGCCCCGGCAGCACCGGCCACGGGGCUGGCGGAGAGGGGCGCCCCCGAGCAGCCCGGCCCGGGGAGGGGGCUGCUGGCCACUGCGGGAAUACCGCUAGCCACUGCGGGGCUGGGCCCAGAGAGCCCCCCGCCCGCCCUGCCCACCCAGCCCCGCCGAGGGAUGGGGAGGAGACCCGGGCCGGGCACUCGCGGGGGCAGCGCCCAGCCCGGCUCCCACCGCUGAGCAUCGCAACCGAGCCGAACCGAGGCGAACCGAGCCGAACCGAGCCCGGCUGGGCCCCCCGGGCAUCGCCCCUUUGUCUGCGGAGGAGGCGAGGCGGGGGCGCUGCGGGAGCGGAGCCGCCGCCCCGCACCCUGCCAGAGCGGCAGGAUGGCGGAGAAGGGCAUGGAUCCCGCCUGCGUCUCCAUCGCCCUGGAGGACACCGUGUGCCACGCCGGCCCUCCGGACGCCCCGCUGCUCACCACCCACCUGAAGAAGGUGGAGAACCACAUCACGGAGGCGCAGAGGUUUUCCCACCUCCCCAAGCGCUCGGCUGUCAACAUCGAGUUCAUCGACCUGUCCUACUCCGUGCGGGAGGGAUCCUGGUGGAGGAAGAGAGGGUACAAGACCCUCCUCAAAUGCCUGUCUGGGAAAUUCUGCCAGCGGGAGCUGAUUGGGAUCAUGGGCCCCUCGGGAGCUGGGAAAUCCACACUGAUGAACAUCCUGGCUGGCUACAGGGAGACUGGCAUGAAGGGGCAGAUCCUGGUGAACGGGCGGCCGCGGGACCUGCGCACCUUCCGCAAGAUGUCCUGCUACAUCAUGCAGGAUGACAUGCUGCUGCCACACCUCACCGUGCUCGAGGCCAUGAUGGUCUCUGCUAACCUGAAGCUGAGCGAGAAGCAGGAGGUGAAGAAGGAACUGGUGAAUGAGAUCCUGACGGCCCUGGGGCUGCUGGAGUGCUCCUACACCCGCACCAGCUCCCUGUCGGGGGGCCAGCGCAAGCGCCUGGCCAUCGCCCUGGAGCUGGUCAACAACCCGCCCGUCAUGUUCUUCGAUGAGCCCACCAGCGGUCUGGACAGCGCCUCCUGCUUCCAGGUGGUGUCCCUGAUGCGCUCCCUGGCUCAGGGUGGGCGCACCAUCAUCUGCACCAUCCACCAGCCCAGCGCCAAGCUCUUCGAGAUGUUCGACAAGCUCUACAUCCUGAGCCAGGGCCAGUGCAUCUUCAAGGGCGUCGUCACCAACCUCAUCCCCUACCUGAAGGGCCUCGGCCUCCACUGCCCCACGUACCACAACCCCGCUGACUUCAUCAUCGAGGUGGCCUCGGGGGAGUACGGGGACCUCAACCCCGUCCUGUUCCGCGCUGUCCAGAACGGGAUGUGCACCAUGGCUGAGAAGAAGAGCAGCCCUGACAAGGCAGAUUCGUCGUGCCCAACGUGUGGGACGGACGUGGAUCACAUCGAGAGCCACACAUUUGCCACCAGCACCUCCACUCAGUUCUGCAUCCUCUUCAAGAGAACCUUCAUCUGCAUCCUAAGGGACACGGUGCUGACCCACCUGAGGUUCAUGUCCCACAUCUGCAUCGGGGUGCUCAUCGGGCUGCUCUACCUGCACAUCGGCAACGACGCGGGCAAGGUCUUCAACAACACCGGCUUCCUCUUCUUCUCCAUGCUCUUCCUCAUGUUCGCCGCCCUCAUGCCCACCAUCCUCACCUUCCCCCAGGAGAUGACCGUAUUCCUGAGGGAGCACUUGAACUACUGGUACAGCCUCAAAGCCUAUUACCUGGCCAAGACCAUGGCAGAUGUGCCCUUCCAGGUGAUCUGCCCCAUCGCCUACUGCAGCAUCGUGUACUGGAUGACGGGCCAGCCCCCCGAGGCCACGCGCUUCCUGCUCUUCUCCGCCCUGGCCACCGCCACCGCCCUGGUGGCCCAGUCCCUCGGGCUUCUCAUCGGAGCUGCCUCCACCUCCCUGCAGGUGGCCACUUUUGUGGGACCCGUCACUGCCAUCCCCGUGCUGCUCUUCUCGGGCUUCUUCGUCAGCUUCAAGACCAUCCCCACCUACCUGCAGUGGAGCUCCUACGUCUCCUACGUCAGGUAUGGCUUCGAGGGGGUCAUCCUCACCAUCUACGCCAUGGAGCGCGAGGACCUGGAGUGCCUCGAGGAAUUCUGCCCUUUCCAAAAGCCCAUCAAGAUCCUGCAGGAGCUGGACGUGGAGGAGGCCAAGCUCUACCUGGACUUCCUCAUCCUGGGCAUCUUCUUCGUCAUCCUGCGGCUCCUGGCGUACCUGGUCCUCAGGUACAAGGUCAAAUCGGAGAGAUAAAGGGGCCGCGGGGCCCCGGUGCCGCUCCCGGGCCUGGCCUGCGGUGGGAGAUGUUCUGCAGAUGGACACGGUGCUCCUGCAGGUCCCGGACCCUGGUGGAGGCACUGGGAGGUGCCAGCCAGGCCUGGCUCAGUCGAGAAGGGUUUUGAGACAUCUCGGAACUGUUUUAACCUUUCCACACACUCUUCAUUGCAAAAACGUUUUGUACAGCCCUGGCACGUGCCGCUCUCCCCGCCCAGGACUGACGAGCCCCACGGAGUUUGGGUCCCCUCUUGUUGUCCCUGCCUGGCGCUGCCCUGGGGACACCAGGGACGGUCCAGCCCGGGUGGUUUGCGCCCAGCACGGCUCGGAGGAGCCUCUCUGGGCUGGGGCUGGGCUGGGAGGAGAGAGCUGCAGAGUUGGAAGGGCAGUCACGGCCCUGUUCCUCGUCCUGGCCAGCAGCGUGUGAGUCAGUGCUGAGAAGAGCCCAAAGAUGCCAUAGGUGACGUUGCACAAGGCUUUAGAGUUUCCUGCCGCCGUAGCCACAGAGAUUGCUUCAUCCCCCUUUCCUUUCUGCACAAAUCCUCCUUCUUUUUUUUCCCCUUUUUUCUUUAUUUUUCCCCCCUCACACAAACCCCACUGCAUCCCAGUCUUCAUGGAGGGGUAGAGGAGGAUGUGGGGCUCUGUCUCAGACUCCUUCUGGGACAUCAUCCUCAGAGAUGGGGUCUGUGGGAGCAGGACAGUGUUCUCAGACCUUAGGGAGUCUCACUUCAGUCCCCGUUGUCUCUGGGGUCUGAGACAAGAGGGUCUGAGCCAACUCUACCAACACGGAGAGAAGCGACCGGUCCCUCUCAUGGAGCAAGGAGGAUUUGGGUUCCCACACCCUGCCCGUGCCAGGAGGCUGAAAAACAGGGCUGGGCUCAGCUGUGUCAUCACUGGAGGCUCUGCUGCAGGAGGAGAGCUGGCCCUGAGCCCUUCCCUGCAACCUCUCUCCCCCAGCUCCUCUGGGGCUGUCUCAGCAGGACAGGGCGGACGAGCCUCACUCAGCACUGACUGUGCCAGGAAGGGACUCCAAGGACACCCGGAGGGGGUCCCAGCAGGGCCUGAACUGGAAACCAGGUGAGAUCCCAGACUAGUUUGUUUGCAGCGGGUGACCUGGACACUGGGAAGGCCUUUGCACUUAGUGACUGGCACCAGAAGGUCCCUUUUGGCACGUGGUGGCUGCUGCAAAGUCCCACACCUUGCAGAGGGAAGGCAACUCAGCACCUUGUGGCUCUCCAGAGGAACUGAGCUGAGCCCAGAGCUGGUGGGGCAUCUGCUGCUGUGCUGGAACACAGCACCCAGCUUCCCUGCAGAGCACAGGCUCCGUGGGUGCGCUGGCACUGCGGGCACCAAGCUGCACAUGUCACCCACAGACGUGGCAAACAACAGGGUUUUGGCAAGCGUGGACGUGGGGCGGGCAGCCCUGCCCCACCCUGCCAGGCUGGCCCUGGUUCAGGUCAGCCUGGGGAUCCUGAUGCCAGGUUCCAGCAGAAUCCUGGAGACUGAUCUUUGGUUUGGCUGGUUUGGGUUGGGCUGCACGGCAGAGUCUGGCUGGCCUGGCACUGAUGCUGGGCACUCAGCAAAGCCGAGUUUCCCCUGCCUGGAGGGCAUCGAGGAAUGUUUGGGGCUCUCCUGCACCGAGGGUCUGGAAGCAGGACACGCCCUGCUGCCCUUUCCACACUGAGUAUCAGGGUUUUCCAGGGGGUAUCGUCUGAUUUUCACUGUCCCUCACAAAAUCCCCCUCUGCCCCUGGAUCUCCCUUCAGUGCCGUGCUCUGCAGCGGAGCUGUGCCAGCUGCAGGGCUGCAGUGCUGCCAACCACAGCCACAGGGGCACGGAGGAGUGGGGGACAAUCCUUGUGCCUGCUCUGUCACGGGGUGCACGGAUGGGCAGGGAGCUGGGGGAUGUGGGGCUGUCACCCUUCUCCAUCCCCUUGUCCCUGGAGCUGGUGGCACUGAUGCCCUGCUUCUGCCCUGCUCUGGGGCUGGGACUGGUCUGUGCUGGGCUGAGGCUUUUCCCUGGAUGGAUCCCGAGCUGCAGGAGGUGUCAGUGGGGCAGCUUUGCACAGCUCCUGCAUCCCCCCUGGCAUUUGGGGCUCUCGUGGUGGGUCCGGGGGGUGCUGCUGUCCCCAGCGCCUGGACAGCCCUGUCAGGGCCACCACCGCUCCCAGGAGGACCAGGACAAGAUGGACUAGUGUGUGGAGCAAAGGGGCUACCAGAGGCACCAGUGACUGCCACUGGCCGUGUCCCCCACGCACAGGGAAGGCUUUGUUGACCAGGCUCUGCUGCUUGCAGAGAAACCUCGUGGAAAAGGCUCCCCCAGCUCGGAGCAGCACUGCCAGGGCAGGUGGCUCCCACUGCUGGGAUGGGGCAGCUGGCAGCACCCCCGGGAUGCCCAGGAGGGCUCAGCACAGCCUGUGCCUCCCAUGCCCUGCAGUGUCCCAGCUGCCCAGGUGUGUGCCCACUGCAGGGCAGAGGGCCAGGACAAAGCCCAGAGCUGCAGGGUGGCUGUCCCCGAGCUGGGCAAGGGCUCUGGGCAGUAGGGGUGGUGGGGCAGGCUGCUCGUCCCCAGGGCAGCAGGACACAAGUGAAUGUGUUGGUGUGAAGGGGCUGAUGAGUGAGGGAAGUGGCACAGGGCAAGGCCCUGAGGGGCUGAGCCAAGGUGUCCUUGCCCUUGCUUCAAGGACAGUCCCAGAGGUGGUGGGAGGUGCAGGGAAAUGCAAGUUUGCACGGAGCCCCCAGGCUGGGCUGAGCACCCCAGGGUCACUGCCUGGGUGGUCCCUGCCCUGCAGGAGCAGGAGCAGGAGCAGGAGCAGGAGCAGGGCAGGGCAGGAGGGGUUUUCUCUGCCCAGGCACGGCAGAGGGAGGGGUGCAGCCAUCCUGCUCCAGGGGGCCCUUAAGGAAGCAGCAAGGAUGCACUUUAGAGCAGGGAAGCAGAGCUGUGGGUGCUCCUGGCUGCAGGAAUGCCACGAGAGAGCCCAUCAGGAUAAUCAGGAGGAGUGUGAUGGAGGAGAGCAGGCUUCUUCCCCCACACCUCCUCUCCUGCCCCUGCCUUUGAGUGAUGCACUUUGAGUGGAUGAGGGUGGGGUUCCAAGUGUGGCUCUGGCUCCCUGGGAACAUCAGCUGAGCCACCAAAAGCUGCUUCAGCCCCUUUGGCUGUAUCAGUUCUGCCUCUCACGGGUGCUGUGGUGGCAGGCAGGCAGGCAGGGCAUGGCCACUCACCUCCAUGCAUGUCCAGGCCACUUUUGUCACACGCACAAGAAGAGAAAAUGCUUCAUCACCUGGCUGGGGUUUGCUGGAGGGGAGACUGGGCUAGAGCAGGGAGGGGAUGGGGCUUCUCCCAGGGUUUCACCCCUCUCCCAAAUCAGGCAAUAAAACAGUGUUUCCUUCUCACUGUGUGUGUGUGGACAGCGUUUGUCCUGUCCCUCUGCCAGGGGCUCAGUGUGUGUCCCUGCCAGGCUGCACCCUGUGCCAGGUCAGCACACGAGGCUGGGCAGCGGGGGCACAUGUCAGCCAGGGGGGCACCUCGUAGAGAAUUGAAACUCCCAUUUCCACAAGAGCACAGCUGUGGGCUGCUUUCUCCCUGGGACAGCUUGCCAAAAUAAGGCACAGGUGACAGCUGAAAGGCCGAGGGAGUCUGCUGGCACAGCUCUGUUGUGCCAGCUGCUCCUGGUGGCAUUUGCCCAGAUCUUUCUUACCUCAAGGGAGGGGCUGUGAGGUGGGACCAGGGCACUGCUGCCCACAGCUGCAGCCUGGCAGGAACCAGGCAGGGUGGAGGUGAGGCCCUGGGCUCUCCAGGCUGGGCUGCACACGCAGGUAAGUGCCCCGCAGGGACGGGGUGCCGGGUGCCAGCUUGCUGCUCACCAGAGGGUCCCGGGAGGCGUCGGGCAGGAGGAGAUGUUGCGGUUCGUGUCGGUGUUUCCAGCUGUACUUGUUGGGUUUCACACAUCAAUAAAACUUAUAUUUAUAGUGUA